AUGCGGCAUGAGCAAUGGGUAAAUGAGGACGCGCGUGAGAAUGUCAAGUUAGGAGUGGAUAAGCGUGGGUCAGCAUUUUCUCAGGAGGAGCAGGAAGAGGAGAGCAAGCCAACGACGGAUACAUGCUAUAAGGGGCAUGAUGAAGAUGUGCGCGAUUGGAGAUUUCAUGGAUAUGGAGAAUACUUUGAUAGGAAGCGUCAAUUACAGAAGGCACAAGAUGAGAGGCUAUGUGAGGAGUAUGAAGAAUUAGGGGAGAAAUUUAGGCGGGUCUUUGAGGGUUGUAAAGUGUAUAUCAAUGGGAGGACGGAUCCAGAUCGUGAACAAUUGCGGAAAGAAAUUGUUUUACACGGGGGACAGUUUGUACAAUAUUUGACCAAAAAGUCAGACGUGACUCACAUUGUAGCGCAGAACUUAAGUGCAGCUAAAUGUAUUGAAUUUCGUAAUUUUAAAGUUGUUCAACCUGGUUGGAUUGGGGCUUGUGUGCGGAUUGGAAAGAUGUUAUCGUGGCGGGAAUACUCGGUUAUAGUGCGGAGCGGGGAUCAGCCUUUUCUAGAGUUGCCACGGAAUAUUGAGCCACAACGUUCCGUUUCAUGUAAGGAACCGGGGUUCGUGGAGGACUUCUUCUCCAAGUCGCGUUUACAUCGUCUUUCCGUCUGGAAAGCAGACCUUCACGAGAAAUUUCUCGCCAAAUAUCUUUACACAACUCCUAAAGUCAAUUUAGGUUUACAAAAUAGGAUAUGUGUGUUUCAUAUAGAUUUCGACUGCUUUUUUGCGACCGUUUCAGCCAUCAAGUAUAGGUAUCAAGAUGCUGACUCUUCCCUGCCAUUGGCUGUAUCUCAUGGUCAACAUAACUCAGAUGUGGCUAGUUGUAAUUAUGCAGCGCGUUCUUACGGAGUGCGUAAUGGAAUGUGGGUUGCAGAAGCGAAAAAGCUCUGCCCAAAUCUUGUUUGCUUGCCAUAUGCAUUUGCUGAGUAUGAAUCUGCGUCCAACAAGUUUUAUGAAGUGCUUCAAGAAUUUAAUAAGUUUGAUACUGUACUUCCCAUCUCCGUUGAUGAGGCACUCGGUGUGAUCAAUUGCAAUAUAGGAGUGGAGAGCUGUGAAGAGAUAUGUGUAGAGCUACGAAAAAGGGUUGUUCAGGCUACUGGCUGUAGGGUAAGUAUUGGAUGUGCCCCUUCUCUUGUACUAGCGAGAUUAGCGCUGAAAAGAGCGAAGCCGGACGGCUACAUUAUGUGCGUUGAAAACACUAAUGAUGAACUGAAGUAUCCCGGAACAAGUAACAUAUAUUUGAGAACACGGGAUGAUCUUUUUGAGCAAUGCAUGCUACGGGAUUUGCCAGGAGUGGGACGCUCCACUGCAGAGAAAUUGAUAUAUGACAGUGGUUAUAAAACCACAAUUGCCGAGGUAAGUAAGCUCUUUUCUCGAAAUGAUCUAAUAAAAAGACUAGGGCCCAGCACAGGUACUAAAUUGGCUGCAUUUCUACAAGGUAAAGAUGAUUUAGAGUCACGGAUCAUUCAAAAUCCAAGAGAGUACUUAUCAAGAAAAUCUAUAUCCGCUGAAAUCAAUUGGGGGCUGAGAUUUGAUUCCAUUCAUGAAAUCGAUUCUUUCAUUGAUGAAAUGGUACGUUAUUUGGCUAAAAGACUAUCAGAAAAAAAAUUAGAGACAUCCCAAGUAAAACUUAAAAUAAUGCGUCGAAGCCCCCACGCUGCCAUUGAGCCUGUUAAGUACUUAGGAAUGGGUGAAUGUGAUUCAUAUAGCAAGAGUAGCAAUUUAGGUGUUCCCACAGACAAUGUUGGGAUCAUCACAUCUGAGAUAAAAGCCUGUUUUCGUAUCCUAGGGUGCCCUCCAAAAGAUCUAAGGGGCCUUUCUGUGCAAAUGUUUAAACUUUCGACCUGCAGAACAUCCAAGAAUCAGCAGAUGAGUUUGCCGUUUGCCGUUGUCAAAACUUUAUCAACUCCAAGUAAUCGCAGUACCAAACCUAUUUUGGGACCACCUGCCAAGAAGCGUAAGCAAUCUUAUUCUCCUGCCAGGGAGUUUUUUGGGCUAUACAAUAAAUCGAUGCAGAAGGCAUUAUCACAUGUUAUGUCUGGAAAACUAUCAACUACCUUGAAUGAUUCCUUUUUAGAAGCCUUGCCGACAGAUAUCGCAGACGAAUUGAGGAGGGAUCACGCGAUAUGUAAAAAGGCCAGUACAUCUUAUUUACCAAAGAAACGGAUUGGGCUAGUAGAAGGAGGUUAUGGGCAGAGGGACAAUUGUUCUAUACACCUAAAAUCUAAUACUUUAAUGUCACCUGUUCUUUUUCAAGGUUUAACUCGACCGAAGAGAAUACAACAACUGAUAGUGCCUUGGAUAUCGGAAACAAUUGCUAGUAAUGGACCGAAUAAAGAUGACCUAAAGCUUUUCACAAGCUACCUUGAUAAAUUAUGCUCCGCUGGUCCAGCACGGCUACACCUCAUUGUUAUGAUAGCACAGUUAAUUUCCCAGCAGCUAAAGAUUCAUGAGCUUCAUUGUGAACGAAGGAGUUUUCAAGAGUGGGAGGAAUUUCUAUUGAAGGUCGUCACAAUUAAGCUUAAUCAAUGCAGGCAACAAGAUAAACGAAAUAUAUCUAUAUCAUUUGACUUCUAA